CGCGAUACAGGGAGGAGAGCAGUCCCGUAAGAAGCCAAAAGAGCGCCAACAAAAUCCUUCCCGCGUUGAUCUCGACGAAGAAACCAAUGCUGAUCAAUCGCCAGCAACGCGACGAAGCAAUGGAAGAAGAAGACAACAAGGAAGCCGUAUUAAUUCCAGUGCAGGAGUCUCAAGUUUCACUCCUAUCCUCCCAAGCGGUGUUAGUUCUUAGAAGUUUCCGACCUUGUUGCUUGUGGACAUGGAGGAUGCGCCUCCUUCAACGUCGAGAAGGUUCCGAUUCCGGGACCACAGCGAAGAAGUGAAUGCCGGAGAUGACUUCAACGGCGACGGCCACACCACAACCGAUUCUUCAUCUGUUUCCAGCGACCCCGACGAUGAUACCGAGCUCGAGUCAAUGAGUGCUCAGGGCAUUAGACAUCUUUGUUCAGAACUCCUCGAGCUGAAAAUGGAGUCGGAGGAAGAGUUUCAAAAUAUUGUGUUGGCUAAUUAUUCCUCAUUCAUUGGAAUAUUUGAAGGGGCUAAAAAUUUGGAACAUGACUUAAAGCAACUGAAAUACCAGGUUUCAACACAAAAGACGCUCAUAGAGGAUCUUACAAAUGGCAUUUUAAAUAAGGCUUUUGAACAGGAGAAGAUAGAGCCGGUGUUUGAUGAAUCUUUGGAUGCUCAAACAUCUAUAAUGACCAUUUUAGGCGCUCAUACUGAAGAUUGUUGUGAUAUUGUGGAUAAUCUUCUUGCAGAGCACAGAUUGGAUGAAGCCAUCUUUUAUCUGGAGAGGGAAGCUAACUCUGCUGAAAGCAGGCAGUUGCUUCAAGGUUAUUCACCAGAUAAGUUGGUGUCUUAUAAUUCUGCAAUAUCAGAGAAAAGAUCUGCAAUUGUGGAUCAACUCGUCUUAGUGGCUAACAACCCUCGAGUUUCUCCUCCAGAAUUGCAAAAAGCACUGGUUGGCCUUUGCAGACUUGGUGAAGAUCAUCUUGCUACUCAAUUACUGUUCAAUUAUUACCACUCACGUAUCGCAUCUAGAAUAAAUGAUUUGCACUCCUCAAAGGUAUUUCUUCAUGGGGUAUAUAUUCAGGAAGUUGGAAAGUUUGUAUUUUCUAUGAUCUCUCAAGCAGUGAGAAGUUUUGUUGCAUUACAUGGAGGAACCUCUCCUUAUGCUUCAGAAUUACUUCAAUGGGCUGAUGAAGAAACUGAGGUUUUUGCCAAUUGCUUCAACAUAUAUGUUAAGUCUCUAGUAGAAUUAAGUAGUGGACUGCCAAUAGUUAUAGAGGCCAUGCAAAUCACAAUGUCUUAUUGUUCUUUAUUAGAGAGUCAAGGGUUGGUCUUGCACUCUAAUUUGAUAAAGCAUAUUACUCCUUGUAUAGAACAGGUGUUGGAGGUCCAUAUACAACAUUUUAAGAAAGUAAUCGGUAUUUUUACCUCAUCUGAUACAUGGGUUCUUGGUAGAUAUCUGGUGUCAGGAAUGUUAAAUCAAGAGACUUCUUCCACAAUCAAAGGACAACAACCAGAGUAUUGUCCACUCACUAACAGUGCUAGGAAAUUUAUCACACUGUUUCAGGCCAUAUUAGAGGAAGUAUCUACAUUAAUUGCUCUUCAUGUAGAAGGGUCAAUUAUCAGUGGCCUUAAAGACCUUUUCAGCACGUAUAUUUGUUUUAUUGAAAGAGCCCUGAUCAGUGGCACUGAGGCUGAAGAAGGUGAUUUAGGAAUCAAUGUAGCAGAAUCACUGGUACAAAAACUUUCCCUUGUUGCCAACUUGUCAACGCUGGAGCAAAUUCUCUCCAACAUGAUCCAAAGUGUCUUCAUUGGCAUCAAUCACUUAAAGUUUGAAAUUGAUAGUUAUGUUAUGUUCAUUCAUGACACUUGUGCCCAGAUAAGAUCUAAUUUUUUCAAGCAAUUUGUUCUUAAAUUCUCACCUUCUGAAGGUGAAUGGGGCAACAUUCCAGCCUGUUGCACUGGUGGACAGGAGGAUUCAAAAAUACAUGACCCAGAGCCAUCCAUUUCUUACCAGGAAUUCUACCUUGAACUAAGGAGACUUAAGAAACAUGCUGAAGAUCAUUUCAUAGAUUUGGAUUGGUUAACAGAUAUACUCAAGGAGCUGAUGGAGGCUAUAUUCUUGUGGAUUUCAAGAGAAGAAAUAUGGAAAAUUAGUAAAGAGCACUUGUCAGAUCAAAAUUGUGGCAAUUUUACACAGUUGAACCUCGACCUACAUUUUCUGGUGGAAAUUGUUGGAUGGGGUGGAUGGUUUACUGAUAACAUUAUGAAAGCAUACUUGGAUAUUGUUUCUCGUAUGGAGUCAGCCUUACUGUCUGCUGGGUUGAAUUCCAAGAGUAACAUUAAUGAUGAUGAAUGGGCAACCAAUGCUGCUAUCAGAACACUACAGAGGCUACAAGAAUGCGAUAAAAUUGAAGCUGUAACUAAAGUACCUGCAGGGGAGCUUGAGCUCAAUGCAGAUUUAACCGGACCCAAUUUAAGGGACAUCAAUGGCUCAUCUGAGGUCAGUGAUAUUGCAACCUCCCCAAAGGAUGCUGCCUAUAUUGCAAAUUUGGAGACCAAUGAAGGAGAUACACUGGAUGCAACAGUUGUAACUUCACAUUCUUAAAGAUAAGCUCAGCCAUACAACUAUAAAGACAUCAAUACCACAGGCAGGCUGACAUAUGUCAAAGAAUUCUCUUCUUUAUCAGUAACAGACAUUUCCCCCCACUUAAAUUAUAUCAAAGAAUUCUCUUCUUUCAUGCAUUCUCUAACUUUCACCUUGUA